AUGUCUUUUCCAAAAACGCAGCCCGAUUGGAGCAACCUUGACGUCCUCCAUCGCAAUACUCUCCCGCCGCGUGCUCACUUCUACCCAUUCGCCACGAAGGAAGCGGCACUCUCCUUGAAUCGUGAGAACGCCCAAUUCCAAUCACUCAAUGGGACAUGGAAAUUCCGUCACGAUGUCUCGCCGUUGGAACUCCCUGAUUGGAAAGAUCUCGACCCAAUAACCUGGGCCAAUAUAAAGGUUCCUGGCAUGUGGCAGCUUCAAGGUUAUAGCCGGCCUCUUUACACCAACGUCAACUACCCUUUCCCUGUGGACCCCCCAAAUAUUCCAUUUCUCAAUGAGACGGGGUCUUAUUGGCGCCAAUUUACUACAAGCAAAGACUGGCAAGGACAGCAGAUCCGGUUACGUUUCGAAGGCGUUGAUAGCUCGUUUCACGUCUGGGUCAAUGACAAUGAAGUUGGCUAUAGCCAAGGCAGCAGGAACGCUAGUGAAUUCGACAUUACCCCGUUCCUUAGGGACACGGGGGAAAUCAACACAGUUGCAGUGCGCGUUUACCAAUUCUGCGACGGAUCCUACCUUGAACGCCAAGAUCAGUGGCUUCUCUCUGGGAUUUUUAGAGACGUUUACCUAGUCGCAUUUGCCACUCCCUCCAUCACGGAUUUCACCAUUCUACCCCAGGUAGACGAGUCUUUGACAAGAGGUGUUGUCCACGUUGAUGUCUCUCUCCAUGGAAGCGACUCUGGGGAUGUCACCGUCGAGUUACGGAGUCCUACUGGCGAUUUAUGGUCUGCCGAGAAGCCAAUUCUUUAUACCUUGCUCCUAACAGUGGGAGACUGUACUGUUGCUCAGCGAAUUGGAUUCCGUCGAAUUGAGAUGAAGGGAGCCAAUUUUUUGGUCAACGGGAAUCCUAUCAUCUUAUAUGGCGUCAAUCGUCAUGAACAUCACUACCUUUAUGGCAGAGCUGUGCCGUACGAAGAUAUGAGAGCAGACAUCAUCAUGAUGAAGCAGCAUAACAUCAACGCACUAAGGUGCUCUCACCAACCAAAUGACCCCCGGCUCUAUGAAGUUUGCGACGAGCUCGGCAUCUAUGUUAUGGCGGAGGCAGAUCUUGAAACUCAUGGUUUCGAUUCUGAGCUUUCGUUUGAUCGCGCGAAAAGGUGGACAUCAGAUAAUCCCGACUGGUACGAUGCCUAUAUGGAUAGAGCUGUUCAGCUUGUUGAACGGUUCAAAAAUUAUACUUGUAUCAUCUUUUGGUCUCUUGGUAACGAGGCGUUUUAUGGUGCAAACCAUGCGUCCAUGUAUCGCUGGAUCAAAGAGAGAGACCCAAGUCGACUCAUCCACUACGAAGGAGAUCGUAAGGGCGCAUCGACCGACUUUUAUAGCGUCAUGUACGCAACGCCCGAUGAACUGAAGAAUCAUAUUGCCGAACAUUCAGAUCGGCCAUUGAUUCAGUGCGAAUACGGUCAUGCAAUGGGAAAUGGACCGGGAGGGCUGGCCAGCUACAUUGAGUUGUACCGGUCUGAGUCGCUCCUUCAAGGUGGCUACAUCUGGGAAUGGUGUAACCAUGGGCUCCUCAAAAGAGAAGGCAAAUUGUCGUACUUUGCGUACGGUGGUGACUUUGGGGAUACUCCCAAUGACCGCGACUUUGUUAUGGAUGGGCUUACCUUCUCUGACCAUUCUCCUACACCCGGCUUACUUGAAUACAAAAAGUGUAUCCAGCCGAUAUCUAUCGGGCUUGAGGGCGGUAAGCUGCAUAUUUAUAACCACUACGAUUUCAUCGACCUAAGCCACCUUUUUGCCACCUGGCAUGUGGUCCAAGAAUCGGGCAACACCAAUCCCACGGAGUUCGAGCUGCCACAGAUUGCCCCGGGGGCAGAAGCAAUUGUUGACCUUCCCUAUUGUGGUGGUGAAUUACAUGGAGACACUUGGCUCUCAAUCAAUCUCUACCUGAAACACGAAACUGCUUGGGCGCCUCAAAAUCACGAAAUUGCCUGGAGUCAAAUUCCUCUAUUGGAGAAUCACACAUUUAAGUUACCCUCGGUGGUUACCAGUGACACUAAUGGGCCGUCAAUAUAUGAACAACCAGGACGUCUGACAUUAACGUGGCCAAGCUGCAAUGAGAUAUUCACUUUCAAUCUUGUCGAUGGAAACGUUACUUGGGUCAACCAAAAGGGCAUCAUUCUCACCAGAGGGCCAGAACUGGGCUUAUACCGCGCCCUUACCCAGAAUGACGUUGGUUUUGGCGGGGACGGCAAAGAAUGGUUGAAGUUUAGACUCGCCGAGACCAAAAUGCAUGUACGCGGGUUCACUUGGUCCGUGAAUGAAGACGGUACCAUGACUGUUGAGGCGACUGUCAGGGUCGCCCCUCCCGUCUUGGAGUGGGCAUGCAAUGCCCAGCUUAUUUACACGCUUGGUAUAGGCAAUUUGUCCAUUCGCGCAAAGGGGAGUUUCUCUGGGACUGUUCCUCGUCAUAUCCCACGUAUUGGUCUCACUAUGUCGUUGCCAAAGGAUUAUUACAGGGCAACAUGGUAUGGUCAGGGCCCUGGAGAGUCCUACAGAGAUAAGAAACAAGCUGCUAGAUUUGGUCGGUGGGAGGCCUCGAUUGACGAUCUUCAGACCAAUUAUGAGUGGCCCCAAGAAAAUGGAAAUAGGAGUGACGUACGUUGGGUUCAAGUCAAAGCAAAUGACGCUAUACUAGAGGCUCGUAUGGAUGUACCACUCAACUUCUCACUCAGGAAGUACUCUACGGAUGAUUUAGACAAGUCUACUCAUCCCCAUGAGCUGACAGAGUUGGACGAGACGGUAUUGAACUUAGACUUUGCUCAGCAUGGUCUAGGAAGUGGAAGCUGCGGGCCUUUAGCGUUUCAGGAAGAUCGCCUAAGUCCUGGGCUGUUUGAUUUUACCGUAUUCUUCAAAAUAAAGUAG